GAAAACAUAAAAAUGGAUGUGGCAAUUUCACUGCAGAAGUAGCACAGACAAGCAGUAUGUCCGAAGAAAAGCUUGGUUUCGCCUUUUCAAUCUAAGUUUCAAGCAUUCGGUGGUAGACUGCGAUUGUGUUGAGUGGUCCUGGAUUUUCAAGUUACUACAUACGAACCACAUUCUAAAGGGCACCAACUUCUGCCACAUUUUAAAAAUAAGAAGGAAAUCGUGACACCAAGAAGUAAGUCAAGAGAGGGACUUUUGCUUUCAGCUUAAUCCAGUAAAUGUUAGGUGAACUUGGAGGAUUAAAAUUGAUUCAAGAAAACCUUUUCCCCACCCUUCCCCUUUUUAAUUUACAUUCAUGAUCCAAUUAAUGAGAGAGUAGAACCAUAUGUCUGAUGCUAACAUUUUCUGGGGCAGAUUUCCAUGGAUAGAAGGAAAUAGAUUCACACAAGAAAGUCAUCCCUGAACUUUAAAUUUUGAACUAGGUAAGAUACCAAUAUAUGGCAUGCAUACAACUCUUAGAAUUACUUCCAGUUCACGCUCAAAGUCCAGGUUUCGUCGCCACUGGGUGCACUGGAGUUGUUAGCUGCUCCACUCUGGUUACCACUGCUGCCACCUUGGUUACCCCCACCCUUGCUGCCACCCUGGUUACCUCCACCCCUGCUGCCACCUUGACUACCCCACCUCUGCUGCCACCUUGAUUACUCCCAGAUUUGCUGCCACAUUGGCUAACCCCAGAUUUGCUGCAUUGACUACCCCCAGAUUUGCUGCCACAUUGACUACCCUUCGCCGUAAUUUUUCUGUCACUGGAAAUCUCAAACCCAACUCACUUGAUUGAUUAUAUUUGCUUUGUUCUCUUUGAUGAAUAUUUGCAAUCAAACUCUAAUGCUUAU